UUGUGACAAAGCAGCGCAGAAUCAGACGUAUAUACAUCUAUGUGAAGUUCGAAUUUCGCUUGUGUUAAAUGUAUGGGUUCUAUGUAUGUGUGCGUGCUGACGUUCUGUAAAUACAGUACUGAAAUAUCUUCGUGCACCUUCGCUUCUACAAUCGAAUCGUGCACUUGUUUUGAUUUUCUGAAUUUCAAUUGCGGUUCUUUAGACAGAGAAGACUUCUAUUUAGCUACGUUAAGUGUACAGUGAAUUUUUGAACCAAGUAUUGCUAUGGGAGGUUAUGCGUGGGUGACAUUGGCAACUAAUGAUUCGUAUUCAUUAGGGGCCCUUGUCUUGGCCCAUUCAUUGAAGCAAGUCGCUACACAACAACAACUAGCAGUACUCAUUACACCAGGCGUAACCAAUUCCAUGCGGUCAAAAUUGGGAGAAAUCUUCAACGUAGUUAAAGAAGUUAAUAUUUUGGAUUCGAAAGAUGAAGCAAAUCUACGGCUGUUGAAAAGACCCGAGCUAGGAAUCACGUUCACAAAACUACAUUGUUGGCGUUUGACUCAGUUUGAGAAAUGUGUAUUUUUGGAUGCAGACACGUUGGUAUUAGAAAACUGUGAUGAACUAUUCGAAAGAGAAGAAUUGUCAGCAGCUCCAGAUAUUGGUUGGCCAGACUGUUUCAACUCUGGUGUUUUUGUUUAUCGACCAUCCGAGGAAACAUACGAAAAAUUAAUAAAUUUUGCUCUUGAAAAAGGAAGUUUCGAUGGGGGAGAUCAAGGACUUCUCAAUCUAUACUUUUCUGACUGGGCUCAUAAAGAUAUUAGCAAACAUUUGCCGUUUAUAUACAACAUGGCAUCUACAUCAUGCUACUCAUAUCUUCCAGCAUUUAAACAAUUUGGUAAAAGCGCCAAAAUUCUUCAUUUCAUUGGGUCAUCAAAACCAUGGCUACAAUAUUUUAAUACAGAAACUAGAAAAGUGCAUCCAUCUGAAGGCCUACAACAUUUAGAACAGAUCCUCCAACAUUGGUGGAACAUUUUCUGCAAUCUCAUUCAUCCAGCUCUUUCUCCAGACAUGACCAGCCAUACAGACACUGUGCAUGGUAGUCAGUCCUACACCUCUCAAAGUAUUUCUCACACAUCCUAUUAUCAUGAAUAUGAACAUAAUCCUAACUAUCAUAUUCCCGAAAAUGCGGAAGACUACCAAAAUGUAUGGGAUCCUUGGGAGGAAUAUGACUCUAGACAGUCAGGAAAUAAACCCCCAGAUAGUACUGAUCAUGAAAAUUCCAGUAUAAUUGAGCACUCACAAUCAUUACAACCCCAUUAUGAACAAUACCAUCACUCACAUGUUGAACAAAGGGAACCAGAAAGUCAUUAUUUCGAAUAUAGACCAGCCCAUAGUGAUACUAAUGUAGAGUAUAGGGCACCAGAAAGUCGCAAUGAACACCCUCCCAUCGUACAUCAUAAUCAUUUUCAACAUUCUGAACAUAGGCCAUCUAAAAAUCAUAAUAAUCAUCAAUAUUUUGAACAAAGGCACUCUGAAACUCAAAAUCACCAUCAACAUAAGGUUUCAGACAAUCAUCAUCACUUUGAUAAAGGACUUCAUUCUAAUAUUUACCAUACUGAACCUUAUCAAAGAUUUAGUCGUCAUUUAGAACAUCAAGUUGUUGUGAGACAGGUUCCUCACAAUAAACAACAAAAUCUAAUUGAAUCUCACAAUACAAAUACAUUUUCUAAAGCUGACCAUCAUGUUCACAUUCAUCAUCCUUCAGCCCCUACAUAUAGUCAACUGCAAAUUCCUAUUAUCCAUCACCGACCUCCUGAAACUCCGAAUCAAGAUUGUUCCUCUUGUAAUAUACCUCCAGAUGAUCCUAGACUACCAGAUGAGUGUGUGGCAACUACUACAGUGUCCAACGAAAUAACAUUGCAAUCAGAUUCUAAUGAGGAUAGUAGUCAAGAACAAGCUGGGCUAGCAGGUGCUUUCGCCAAUUUAACAUUGGGCAAACCAAGAACACCUGAACAACAAGCCUUAGAUGACCAUUUAAGGAGACAGGGCUGGGAAGUAGGCAAUAUUGAUUACUUAGGAAGAGAUUCAUUUGACAAUAUAUGGAGCAAGAUCUGUGAAACAUUGUCUUUGGCUCCUGAACCAGAAUCCACUCCAACACCAAUUGAAGAAAAACUUAUUGAUCAGCCAACACAAAAAGAAGCUUCGCCCGAAAAACUUAAGGAAUCGACAAUAUACAAAGAAGCUUCUCCUAAUAAAGCAAAAACAGCACCAUUGCUAGAACCAGAUAAAACGGAGUUUUCAGUAGCUGUACCUGCAUCCCGAAUUGAAUCUAAAGAAGAAAAUAAAUUAGAAGCUACCGCAGAAUUACUAAGUGACAGAACUGUACAAGAAAACAAAUCUGCCGCUACCUUGGAGCCUCAAGCCGUUCCUGAAGUUUCCCUUCCUAUUUCUAACAUUUCUGAUACCAUUACUCCAAAAGUAGAUAGCCCUACGACAACUGCCCAAGCUGCAGUAGAUAACCCUACUGCAACUUUCCAAGUCGCUCAGGUACAAAUUGAUGCAAAACUAGUACAAACCUCCGACAUCGCAGAGCCUUCUCCUGAACAACAAGAAAUGGGUAAACAGUUACCUGAACCCUUGAAAUCUACACCUCCACCAGCAACUACAGAAACAAUUUCAAAACCAGUUGAUAAUUUAUCCGAUAAAAAAAUACCCAUAGCGUCAGAAACUACACUAUCCUCUCUUAUAGAAACUCAACCACAAAGUCCAGAAUCACCUAGAGCUCAAGAAGUAAUACCAGAAGAAGCUUCUAAAGUCACAUCUAUGGAAGUUUCCAAAGAUGUUCAAGCCAAAGCUUCCGAAGUUAUAUCUGUCGAACCUGAAAUAACUAAGUCUGUUGAUCCAAUUAAUCAAGAAGUUACAAAAGCAAUACCCACUGACGAAUCCAAAUCUACACCAGCUGAUAGCUUCAAAGUUACACCAGCUGAUAGUUUCAAAGCUAUACCAGCUGAGAGUCCCAAAACUACACCAGCUGAAACCUCCAAAGAUACACCAGUUGAAAGCCUCAAAGCUACGCCAACUGAUAACCCCAAAACUACACCUGAAGAAAUAAAAGUUAACGUAUCUACUGAAAUCAAUUCAGUAAAAACUGCUCCUGUCGAAAUACUGAAAACCUCACCAGCAGAAAUAUCUGUAGAUACACUAACAGUUGCGCCCGUGGAAACUCCGAAAUCUCCACCUAAGGAUCCUCCCAAAGUUUCAUCAACAGAAACUAUAAAAGAUGCACCAAAACCCAAACCUUCUUCGACAGAGUCCCUCAUAGCUAAGCCAUCGGAAAUGUCAGAAACGGCACCAAUAGAAUCAGUCUCGACUGUACCUGUUGAAACUUCCAAAGCUACUUCAGAAAUUCUCGAGUCUGUACCUGUAGAAACACCCAAAUCUACACCCGUCGAAAAACCUGAUUCUAAAUCUGUAGAAACAUCUAAAUCUACACCUACAAAACUUGCAGUUACAAGCACAACCAUGGAUGCUUCUGUGAAAACUUCAAAAUCUGUACCUACAGAAAAUGUUAAGGCCGUGCCAAAGGGAACUCAAAAUGUUGAAACGGCAGAAGCCCCAAAAGGAGAAUCUAAAAAAUCAGAAGAAUCUGUACCCAAGAAGGUUUCUAAAGGAAAACAAACACCUGAAACAAAAGAAGUUUCCAAUCAAGCGAGGCAGAAAGAAACUACUAAACCACCAGCAUCCAAAGUGACGGAGCCCACCCCUCCAACAACUCCUGGAUGUCCAACUCCGCAAUCGACAGAUCCUGCUUCAUCUCCUCCUUUUUCCAAAGGAGGACUGCAAGUAGAAGGUAGUGUGCCAAACACACCCCCUGCACAAGAAGCGGCAUCAGGGCCAACGCCUCCUCCUCGCAAGAGUGCUAGUGCACCAAAGAAAGCAGCAAAGAAAAAAUAAGAACCUAUUUAUUACAUUUUCAUUAUUUUUAUCAACUAUAAUGUUGAUAUGUACUGAAUUUUGUGCCUUAGAGUGUGAUCAGGAGCGUUAUUCUAUUUAUUUUUUUUUUAAUUGGCUAAAUUAAUUUUUAAUGAAGCUGUUUGUUUAAUAUAAACAAUGAAUAUUCUUUGGUUGUUUUAUUUAACUGUUAGAAUAGUAUAUUACACCAUUGAAAAAUGCACAUGCAGUUAAUGAUUAUUACUUCCAUUCAACUCCUUAGU